GGGAGCCGAGGGGGCGGUACUUCCCGCGGCGGGGACGGCGGUGUCGGUCAGUGAAGGCGGAGCCAUGGCGGGACGCAGGGCUGCCCUCAAGGCCGUGGACUGGGCGGCGUUCGCCGAGCGGGUGCCGCCGAACCAGCGAGCCAUGUUCAACGCGCUGAAGACCCGCAACGAUGCGCUGACGGCCCGGUUGGCUGCGCUGCCAGAGAAGCCCCCGGCCAUCGACUGGGCUUUCUACAAAGCUCAUGUUGCCAAGGCUGGAAUGGUGGAUGAGUUCCAGAAGAAGUUCAGUGCACUGAAGGUUCCAGAGCCAGUGGAUACACAAACUGCCAAGAUUGAUGCCCAGGAGAAGGAAGCUGCCAAGAGCACUGCUGAGUACAUUGAGGCUUCCAAGGCGCGCAUCGCGCAGUACGAGCAGGAGCUCCAGAAGCUCCAGAACAUGAUUCCCUUUGAACAGAUGACCUUUGAAGACUUGAGUGAAGCCUUCCCUGAAACCAAACUGAACAAGCAGAAAUAUCCAUACUGGCCCCACAAGCCAAUUGCUGAUCUGUAAACUGGGAGCAGUUCAGGGAGCAGUUUAAUGACUGUCAGACUCCAUGAUCUUAUAAAUAAAGAGCUUUCUCUGUCUGUGGCUUAGAUCUUAGACAUAAAUUCUGAGUAAUACAGACGUGGAGCAAUACAGUAACUUGCAAACA